AGAGCGUCGGUGCUUUUUGAGGUUAUAUUUGUUUGCUUGCAGAUAUUUUCUAGUAAAGCGUAUGUUUGGUGAUUAUAAUUAUAAACGCUAACAUUUAAAAUGGCUAAGCAUCAUCCAGAUUUAAUUUUCUGCCGUAAACAGCCGGGUGUUGCUAUCGGCCGUCUUUGUGAGAAAUGUGAUGGGAAGUGCGUGAUCUGUGACUCGUAUGUACGUCCGUGCACGUUGGUGCGAAUCUGCGACGAAUGCAACUAUGGGUCCUACCAGGGCAGAUGCGUUAUUUGCGGCGGGCCCGGCGUCUCGGACGCUUAUUAUUGCAAAGAAUGCACUAUACAGGAGAAAGAUAGAGAUGGAUGUCCGAAGAUUGUGAACUUAGGCAGUUCCAAGACAGAUCUGUUCUAUGAAAGGAAGAAAUAUGGAUUCAGGAGACACUAGCAGCAAUAAAUUAGUACUUCAUUACUGUGAAUAUGACCAGAGAUACACAUUCCUGCUUUUUUUUUAUUUUUUUUUUUAUUGGAGGGUUUUUUAUAUACAAACUAAAUAAGUCACCCUCAAGUAUUCACAACAAGUACAGCGGGCUUAGCACCAUAAGCGCGUCCUCGCCUCGACAUACGUCACCCGUCACUCUCUAAUAAUAAUAAUAACAAAGUUUAUUGAGGUAAAAUCUACGACACACAUAUACAUUUACAACAUUAAAAUAUACACACAGUACUGCACAGAAAGAGACAGAUGAUCUCUGUCGCGGCGAGAAAGAGUCUAGUGAUAGAGUGCUAAGCCCACCGGUCGUUAUAUAUUUUAAGGCUGUCUGCAAUAGGGUAGUUUCCAACUAGUUAAAUCAGUUACUUAAACAUCAAAACUUGAAAUUACUAUGGAAUUUGUAUGAAAAAGCAACCUGUGACAUCAUAGAAAUACGCGACAAAUUGUCGCACUUUUCUACAUUUUUCUUUAUUGAAAUUCAUAAAUAAGUUAAAUAUAAAAAUGAAAACAUUUUUUGUCACCUUUAGAUCUAUCUGUCUUUAUUUAGUAAUCAGAAUUUCAUAAUUUAUCUUUGACCUUGGAAACUACAAAACACUACUAUUCUUACAAAAAUUAAUUAAACCUUUUUAUGAGGGUCUGGACAUGUUUGAGAUGCAUUGGAGAGAGAUUGUUUAGGACAGGGAGAAGUGGAAGAUCAGAGUGAAGGCCUUUGCCCAGCAAUGGUACAAUAAGGCUAGUAAAAAAAAAGUUUGCAUGGCUAGUAGUAGCCAACAAGUGAUUUUCAAUGGACUCUGGACCUAGCAGGUUUAUGUAUAUCUUUGAAGUCAUAGCAUUUAGAAGUACUGAAGUACUUAUAACAAUGGUGCUAAUUCAAGUACUCACCGCCUAAUUUUACUAGAAGUUAUAUCUGUCAUUCUCUUAUCCACCGAAAAGGAAAGGGACGGGGAUUUGACGGGCAUAAAACAUAUGGAACACUCGUCAAUUUCAGGCAGAAAUCUAAAACAGCCCUCUAAAAAUUUAUCAUCGGCCAAUAACCCGACAGAAUUCAGUUGACAGUACAUGUCAAGCAGGUUGCAUACCAACGAGAUAGGUAUUUGAUUCAUCCUGGUUAUUCAUUCAUUUUAAAAUUAACAGCUGUCAAUCAUCCGUCCCUUUGCUUUUCGGCGGAUAAGAAAAUGACAGAUGUAACUUUAAAUAUAAUUAGGAUGUGUCUGCAGGAAUCGUGGCCAUUAUUAAGUUAAUUUAUAACAUUAAGGCAUUUGUAAAAUUAUAAAUAGAUAUAACUGUCAUUGUCAAGAAGAUUCCUAGAUGAUGUAAAAUACAAUUCAAGACAGUUUCAUGUAAGAUGUGUUAUUUUGAGGCAAAUGUGUGUUAAAAUAUUGAUUUUAGACUUAAAUAAUGCAUUGAAUUGCAUAGAAAGUAAGAUUUUUAUCAAUGUUUUGAUAUGUACAUUCAUUCAGUAAGUAAUUAUAGUGGAAAAUAUUAGAUACUGGAUGUAAAUUGCCUGUCUAUGUAGAUAAUACCACUUCUGUACUACUUGACUACUUGUGGCUCUGCCUACCCUGUUAGGUAUUACGGGCGUCAUGUGCCUAUGUGUGUGUUAAGUAAACAGCAUUUUUUUUAAUAAACAAGUUUAUUGCACUCCA